CUGGAAGUUGCGGUAUUCGGGUCAUCAAAUGGAUUCGCCUCCAACGUGGGUGUCGAAGCAAAUGGGUUCUCCGUUAAUCUACCUGUGAUAACGCUAAGAUUCUAUAUGAUUUCGCAGAUCUUGGGGAAGCCAACUCAUUUGUUUUGGGUACUUGAGGAUAAGGGUCAAAGUUGGGUUCAAGUUAUAGAGACCUGGUUGUACCAUAAUCAAGCUGGGCAUACCCUAGAGAAAGCUAAGGGCGAGUUAGCUGCGAAUGGCGCUCGAAGUUACUUUUCACGUAGCUGA